CGCUGCUUAGCACAUGUGUGCGUAUGUGUACAUAUGCUUAAACAUACAUGUUGAAAAGUUGUUUUGCCUAUAAUUGUGAAUAAUUAGCAAUUAACCGACAUGAAUGUUAGUACAGACUUUAAACCUGUGCUGACCCGCGCCGCGCUUGCGUUGAAGAAAACGUCGGAGGACACUGGAUUUAAGGCUCUGGUAUUUCAAGAACCGCAAGCGACAUUCACAACAAACAAACUAGAGAAACCAGCAACAGGCAAUGGCAAAGGCAAAACAACAGACGGCGACAAGUCAAAAAAGGAGGAUGACAAUGAAUUUGACAUUAAAAAAGCACGACAGGAGGUGCUGAACUUUGCCAUAUCUAAUCAACGAACGAUCAAGAACAAACGAAAAAUGGAAAUAUUUCAGCUGGUAAAACUUGGCGCCAAGCCGCCAAAAAAGGAAUACAAAAACUACAAGGAACUCAAGGCGGAACGCAAACGCUUGCAAGAUACUCGAGACGCGCGCAAAAAAUUCCAUCAAUUGGGCAAAAAUCAAACUGGCGCAGCGAGCGUGAAGUGCAACAAGAAAACGAAGGAAAAGCGGCGAGCGCCUGUUGCUAACAUAGGCCAGCAUUAUGGCAAAGCGCAGCCUAAGUUAAAAAAACGAAAUUAAAAAAAAAAACAAAGCUAUAUUAGUGUGUUUUCAA